UCUUCUAACGCAAACUCUGUCCAAGAACUCUCUAUGGAUCUUAACAACAAUCGUUCGCACUUCACAACGGUCCCUACUUAUGAUCAUCAGGCUCAGCCUCAUCACUUGAUGCCGCCGUAUUCAUACCCGGUGGAGCAGAUGAUGAAUCCGCAGCCGGUUUACUUCUCGGAGGGUUAUCCUCAGAUCCCGGUUACGCAAACCGGAAGUGAAUUCGGUUCUCUGGUUGGUAAUCCUUGUUUGAGGCAAGAGAGAGGUGGUUUUCUUGAUCCGCGUAUGACGAAGAUGGCAAGGAUCAACAGGAAGAACGCGAUGAUCAGAUCAAGAAACAACUCUAGCCCUAAUUCCAGUCCAAGUGAGUUGGUUGAUUCAAAGAGACAGGUGAUGAUGCUUAACUUGAAAAAUAACGUGCAGAUCUCCGACAAAAAAGAUAGCUACCAACAGUCCACAUUUGAUAACAAGAAGCUUAGGGUUUUGUGUGAGAAGGAAUUGAAGAACAGCGAUGUUGGGUCACUUGGGAGGAUAGUUAUACCAAAGAGAGAUGCAGAAGCAAAUCUUCCGAAGUUAUCUGAUAAAGAAGGAAUCGUUUUAGAGAUGAGAGAUGUUUUCUCUAUGCAGUCUUGGUCUUUCAAAUACAAGUUUUGGUCCAAUAACAAGAGCAGAAUGUAUGUCCUCGAGAACACAGGAGAAUUUGUGAAGCAAAAUGGAGCAGAGAUGGGAGACUUUUUAACAAUAUACGAGGACGAAAGCAAGAAUCUCUACUUCGCCAUUAAUGGAAAUUCGAGCAAACAAAAUGAAGGAAGAGAAAAUGAGUCGAGGGAAAGAAAUCACUACGAAGACACAAUGCUUGAUUACAUAUCAAGAGACGAAGAGGAAGCUUCCAUUGCAAUGCUCAUCGGAAAUCUAAAUGAUCACUAUCCCAUCCCUAACGAUCUCAUGGACCUCACCACUGAUCUUCAUCAGCACCAUCAAGCCACGUCGUCAGUGCCAUCUGAGGAUCACGCGUACGUGGGUUCGUCCGAUGAUCAAGUGAGCUUUAACGACUUUGAGUGGUGGUGAUAGUAUAUUUAGAUACCCCCUUAUGAAAAUAGACCUUAAGAAUAUAC